AAUCGCUGCCCGGAUGGAGGAUUUACAUCACCAACAAACCGCACGAAAUGCUUCAAAUUUAAUGUGGCUAAAGAAAAUUUCUUCGAAGCGUUAGCCACGUGUCACGGUGCAGAAGAUGAGCCGCAAGCAUACCUCGCAUCGAUUUCGAACGUUAUCGAAGACAACGCUUUGAGAGCGUUUGCACUUGGUUUUGGUAACGAACAGUUUGUUUGGAUCGGGCUGAAGGAUUUCUAUGAGAACGGUGAGUGGACUUGGGAUCACGAUACGAAUACAUUCAGAAGAUGGUCACCAGGUAUGCGAGACCGAUUCAUGAAAGCUGAA